AUAACAUUUUCACGUCUUUCAGAAUCCCAACUUUGUAAUUUAUGCAAUAAUAACAUUAUUAUAAUGUGUGAGUAUAGCGAGAACUUAUCCAUUUUGAAUGAUUGUUGGUGUUGUUUGUUUCGAGUUUCUAGCACAAUUCUUGGAAAUAUCCUUUGUUCAUCUAUUGUAGAGAAUAUAUUUUAGCUUUUGUAUUAAAUCUUCAAUGCUUACGAAAAUAUUUGAUUUCUGGGUUUUGGGUAUCUACACACUUUCAAAAUUCAUAAUACCGUUAGAAUCCUAAUAUAAUAUUAAUUCCACUUUAUAUUAUACCACAAAGCAAUAUAGCAUCUCUUCAUUAAGAUGGGUUACAUACAUCUCCAAUGUAUAGUCCGAAGGUUGAACAUUAGUAGACUUUGUAGGCACGGGAUUACGAAUAGUCAUUUUUCGUGUAGAACUUGCACAUUUAAUAAAUAUAUCUCCACAUAUUCAACCUUAGUAAGCAGAGGAUUUGGUACUGAGAAUAAGAAAUCUGAUGAGGUUUCUGUACUUGCAGACAUUGAUAAAUUUACUAUUUAUGAAGUUGAAGGGAUUAAGAAUUUGCAACAUGUAACUUCUUCAUGCCUGAGAAAUUUAAGAUUUUCAAAACCGCAAAUCUUCGCUUUAAAUGUAGAUAAAUCAAAGGAACAGAAAAUGAUGGAUGUGUUGCUAGCUUCUGGUAUAACAUGUUUUAAUUUAGGGUCCGUCGACGUAUUAUUGAACAGAUUAUCUGCUUCUAAAAGAAGCAAUGGGUUUGUUGGACUUUAUGUUCACUUGGAUGAUUAUUAUGAUAAAUGUUCGUUAUUCAAAGAGGACAUAUUUAAUCACAUUAGAACGGUGUGUAAUUCUAUUUUUUUUUUGGAUAUAACUGUAUCAUAUCAAUCAAGUUUCGAUAUAAACAAACUAUCAAAAAUUAUCGAUUUGGUAUGUCCUACCGUAAUUAGAUUCAAUAAUGGAUUUUUAAGAUCUUGGAAUAAUUCUAGAUUUGAAUUUAUAUCCUCUAAAGAAGCUUCCGAUAAGACAACUUUUUUGGUUGAAGCUUCUCUUUCUUUAUCAAAAGUAUAUGGCUGUACAGUAAUAUGUUCAAGUGGACAAAUUGCAAUUGGAAAUCACGGUAUUAUGGAGGUAGCAUUCUUCCCGAAGUCCCCAGAUAUUUUGUCUAAAAUAUAUGGAUAUGAUGUUUGCUCUGGAGCAAUUUUAGCUGCUUUUGUUGCAUUACAUGGUGGAAACUCAAUAUGUCCGGCUGUUGUUGGUAGCCAUGGACUAGAGUACAUUCAUAGCAAAUCUGCUGAACAAUCUUCUGGACCAGGAACAAUGUUUUAUAACAUUAUAGAUCAGAUUUAUAAUCUAACGAUGGCACCAGAUUCUAUACUUGUACAUGAUUCGAACGUAAAGUUUUGGAGAUGUGAGUAUAUUGAACAAUAUGCAGAGACAUAGUUAAGGAAAGCACUAUGUUUAUACAUUA